UAAAAGUGUUAGAGCUCGGAAACUCUGUAAACGACCACGAUAGGCGGAGCCAAUGCGUACUUCAUCGAGUGGGGAGAUUGAGCAGUGGCGUAGCAAAAAACUAUUCUAUGAUCAAGAAGGGUUUGAGAUUCAUAAUUUGUAGUAGUUAAAAUUUCCUCUAUUCAAUAAUUGCAAGAUGAAAUAGUAAAAAUCAUAUCUAAUGCUAAUGCACGUUGAUUUCCUAGAAAUACAAAGCAGAGAGGUCGAAUAAAUAAAAAUACACAAUGAGUAACGAGUAAAAACGCGUUUAUUGCAAAAAAUGUUUCUACUGGUAUCUUUACUAUAACUGGUAAUAUUGAAAUGUUAAAUUUUAAGACGAAUUCCCUACACAUGUAAGUACACGCCACGCCACUGUUUUCUGCCAACACCCCUAAUUUAAAGAUUGGACUCGUCCGAGACGAGUUUUCGUCUCUGCGCACUCCUACCACCGUGGACGAUCUGUCAUUUCGCGGACUCUAUUCUAGGGUUGUGACAGUUAUCACGUUUUUGCCAAAUUUCUUGAAUACCACAAACACACACAAAAACAGGGACUUCCCCCUGUAAUCAGUCGGUUCCUUGGUCAUUUCACCGUGCUAAAGUUUUCCGUGGCGUUAAGUUUGGUUAUGUCAUAAAGCCCCAAAGAGCAUGGAGGAGCCUAUUGGGGCCCAGUAUGCCGUUCAUGUGGCUUUGCAAACGCUCAAAGAGCGCUGUAAGAACCUGCAAGAAAUGGUGACGACCCUCGAGGAAGAAAACCUCCAUUUGCGAGGCCAGCUUAGUAAGAGCGAGCAAAGCAGUGUCUCACUGUCCGAUUUCGAUAAAUUAAAGGCACAGGUGGCCGAACUGACCGAAAAUAAGCUCCAGUUAUUGAAUAAAGUCAAGAUGGUGACGAACGAAAACCAGGAAUUGUGGAAUAAGCUCAGUAGGUUGAGUCAUGUAAAUCAUAAUCUUGGGACACAGUUGAGUAAAAUCAACGAUUCGUUGGUGCAAUACACCUCGAAAAAUAAGGAGACGCAUUCGCCUUUGAUCCGCUCGAAAACCUUCACUCAGGACGAGCCGCAUACGAAAGUGCUCCAGAAGAAUAUUGAAGAAAAUGGGAAGAUUUGUGCAGAGUUGGAGGAGAUUUCUCUGAAAAUAAUCAAUGGGUUCGCUCAGGAUAAAAGUGAACUUGACUCGCUCUAUUCGGAGAUCAGGGGAGCGCAGUGGGGCGAGAAUAUUAUAUCAGAGUCCUGUGGGUUUCAGUAUGACGACUAUGAAAGCAACAUCAUAGAGAACUUUAACAGUAUUUUGGAAGAAUUAAAGACGACUAAGCUGACGGUAGCUAACCAGAGAGUGGCCUUGCAAUUAGCCUUAAGUAAACUAAAUAAUAUACAAGAGAUUAAACGAAAGAAGGUCUGUGAUAGUAAACUAGCGGAGAAAAAAGAAAUGGUAGAUAAGAGUAUAUCAACGGUUAAUUUAUGCGAAACGCGCGAAUCUCCAAAGGCUCACGCUCUUCCAGAAACCAGUCUUCAAGACCCCCCGGAAACCACAGACAUGAUAUGCCCCAUAUGUUGCAAGAAUUUCAACGGUGGCUUGAGCUUCCAAGUUUUCCAAGACCACGUUGAGAAACAUUUUACAGAGGAAACUUUUGAAUUAUUGUGAUAGAGUUCAUAACUUAUUUGUUUGAAAGUAUUAUAUUUUUUGUUUUAAUCGUUUGGAUGUUAAGGUUCGCAAAUAAAAAAUAUAUUUUCUAAA